UCCCGUAGUCCGCCCUCCGCUUCCACAGCGGAGCAGAAGGAAGGGAGGAGCGGGCGGCGGCGGCCCCGAAUAUGGCGGCGCAGAAGAUCAACGAGGGCCUGGAGCACGUCGCCAAAGCGGAGAAAUACCUGAAGACGGGGUUUUUGAAAUGGAAGCCUGACUACGACAGUGCAGCCUCCGAAUACGGGAAAGCAGCUGUUGCUUUUAAAAAUGCCAAGCAGUUUGAGCAAGCCAAAGAUGCCUGUCUGCGAGAAGCUGCAGCCCACGAGAAUAACAGAGCCCUUUUCCAUGCUGCCAAAGCUUACGAACAAGCUGGUAUGAUGUUGAAGGAGAUGCAGAAGCUCCCUGAAGCGGUUCAUCUGAUCGAGAAGGCCAGCGUGAUGUAUCUGGAGAACGGGACUCCUGACACGGCAGCGAUGGCUCUGGAAAGGGCAGGAAAGCUGAUAGAAAAUGUCAAUCCAGAAAAGGCGGUUCAGCUUUAUCAACAGACGGCAAAUGUGUUUGAAAAUGAAGAACGCUUGCGGCAGGCAGUAGAAUUGUUAGGGAAAGCAUCCAGGCUUUUAGUGAGAGUUCGCAGGUUUGACGAGGCUGCGUUGUCAAUUCAAAAAGAAAAGAAUAUUUACAAGGAAAUUGAGAAUUACCCAACAUGUUACAAGAAAACUAUUGCUCAAGUGCUAGUUCAUCUACAUCGGAAUGACUAUGUCGCUGCAGAAAGAUGUGUUAGAGAGAGCUAUAGUAUUCCAGGAUUCAAUGGGAGUGAAGACUGUACAGCCCUGGAACAGCUCCUUGAAGGGUAUGACCAGCAAGACCAAGAUCAAGUUUCUGAUGUCUGCAAUUCUCCCCUUUUCAAGUACAUGGACAAUGAUUAUGCUAAGCUGGGCCUGAGUUUGGUGGUCCCCGGGGGUGGAAUCAAGAAGAAAUCACCAGCAGCGCCACAGGAGAAGGGUGAAAACACAGCCGCCCCAUCCGGUUCCCAUGCGGAGGAGGAGGAGGAUGAGUAUUCCGGAGGACUGUGCUAGUCGUCCACUUGUAUACUCAGCUCAAAACAAAACAGACGUGCUGUGUCGUGGACGUCGAGCUCACUUGGAAGUCCAAGAAUUCCCAGCACGUCAUUGCAGUCAUGAAAUUGGAAUCCAUACAAUCUUUUGAGGCCUUUUCCCUGCGCUACUCCCCCCCACCCCCCCCGCCCCACCAAAAAAACCCAAAAAACACCUGUCCCCAAUCUCCUGUGAAACAUUUAUGAGUUAAUCAUAUCUAAGGUAAGAGCUGAACUGGGGCCCUAGCCACUGUUGACAGUAAACUGUUUUGUUCAUUUGUUCAUCACCUGAUUCAUUUAAAACGACAACAGACCUGUUUCGGAAUUGGGUCCUGAAGCUGAUGAUGGAAGAGAAUAAGGUUCCGUAGCACUUUUAAGUGCAUAUUUUACCCGGCUUUUGGACUCUUAUCGAAGAUACAAUUUUAUUUUUGACAGCUGCUAAUGACAAUUAAGGGAUAUGAUUCCAGGUAGAGAGGUAGUUUGAUAUUUUUUUUUUUUUGGUUGGGCUUUUUUUGGCGCUUUUUUUUUAAAAGAGCAAAUCUGUUCCCCACACUAAGAUAAAUUUAUGUGGCCAAGUUCAAUUCUGUGCCCUCGGGAUAUUUUUUUUUACCCUAUUGAACUAUGUAUUCUAAGUGUCUUUCAAGUGUGUUGGCAAACUGGUCUGAAGUGAUCCUGCCAAACCUCGCAGGGUAGGCCUGUGCUUGCAUACUGUCUGACUAAUGCAGCCUCCAUUUGCCCUUUAGACUCAUUUAUUUGGAUAUCCUGUCUGUCUGAAAUAUUGGGGUCCAUGAGACCGAUUGUGUUUUGGGAAUGAAAUUGUUUGGAUCGUUCGCCUAGUGUAGACCCUCCCUUGGACAUCUGUCAUCUUAAAAAAAGACCAGUAAGUGAUUCUUUCCUGUCCUGCUGGAUUUCAAAUUAAUAGGGCCCAGUGUUUCCACAGUUCAUGAUAACGUAUUUCAAUUGCACUUUCUCAGAUGGAGGAGACUGAGUAAAACUCAGAGCCACCGAUACCUCCACCAAUACCUCCUUAUGCCCACCAAAGAAAUGUAAAAGUAUCUAUCCUUGUAGAAAUCUUACCUAUAUUAAAACUUGCUGCUUAGAAGCCUAGGCAUGCUGGAAAAUCCGCAUGAAUCUAGAUGAGAGAUGCAAUGGUUUGGAAAAAUGCGCUUAAAGCUCUGGGCUUCUAAGCAUUUGAGCUUUCAGUUGUUUCCAAGGGUAGACUCAGAAAUGGUCUGUAAGAAGGAUUCCUUUGAGUUUAUGAUCAUUUUUCCUACCCCCCCUUAGUUUUAAAAGUUUCAGGAGCCCACACCAGCAGUCAUUCAAACCGGUGUCUUCUGCGAACUACUCUUAAAUACCGAUCUCUUGGAGAAAGGUCUUAAAAGUCAGAAGGCUUGAGAUAUCCGAGCUUGCGGAGAGCUGAACUCCUGCCCAGAGUGGGAACACAAGAGAAUGACUGAAAAGCUUGGUCACAAAUCCUGACCGACAUCUGGACCGCUGACAGGCCGGAGCAAAAUGGUUUCUGUACAUCAGCACGUUGUCUCGAGAAAGAUGUGCCUUGGGGGAAGAACGGUCCUUAAUUCCUCGAUAGCAUCCUGUCCAAAUCAGAUAUGUUGUAAAGAGCUGUCUGUACUGAGCAGAAAUGGCCAGGCCACUGCUUGCGUGCACAUGGUUGGCAUUACUUUGGGUUUCCGUGUUUGUGUGUGUGUACCCGCGCGCGUGCGCUUACACGUGUGCUUUUGAAAUACUGUUUAACUUCAUAUUUUCCAGGGAAGCCUCCUCUAGGUCCUCCGACACCCACGUCUUCUGUGGGGGAGCCAGGCCAGACUUCUCAAGCUCCUGAUGGGCCUGUGACCCCCCCCCCCAACACACACACACUAACAAGGUGAUCUCAUUUCAGUAACCGUCAGCCCUCAAGGAAGGCACUACUAACAAGAACACUAAUUUAUUGUUUUUUAAGUCUUUGAUUCUUUAAAAUCAGUCCUCGGCAAGUGUCUGCCUAAGUUCUGGACUUUCUAAUAAAUGUACUGAGACUGUAGUCAGUCUGAAUAAUGUUGCAUUGGGAAUUUUCUGCUUAAAGGUUCGGGUUUCCCAAUUAGGACUUCAUCACUGAUGCUUUCCCACUUAUAGCCGGUCAAAAGCUUCUUUUGGUUUAAAGCCUGGGGAAGAUGUUCCUCUGAGAAAAUUAUUAUUUAUCCCAGUGGAGUAUGGCAGGCCUUUAAAGAAAUGUGAGUCUGUAACAGACUAUUCUCGGACUAGGUUCUUUUGACCCCAAUGGGAGGGCGAGUUAUAAUGUCUCUUGCCUAGCUGUCUGUACGAUAAGAUGGAAAAGGCAGGAAUGACUUGGUGUGUGCCGAUGAUAAGCCGAAGCAAUAGAAUUACGACUGAAAUCUCCAGCCCCACUUAUCGAUGGGUUAAUUUUAUGGUAGAGUUCCCCUGAUUAAAGGAUAAAGCACAGCAUUUAGUGUCUGCCAUUUGGAAUGUUUCUUUGUGAUCAGGGUUAUGUUGUAUCACAGUGUGUGUUCCAAAUUGAUCAUUGUUUUUUAAUGUUAUUAUGCCAUUUGCCCACUUUUAAAUGUUUUAACAUGAAGCCAAUGUCAGAUUCAGUUUUGUGAACGUUUUCCAGAACUCAUAGUACCCCCUUAUCUACCAAAAGUGAGACUUUUGCAUGAAGAUCCUAAGAAUAACACUCAGCGUAAUAGUCAACUGUAAGUGAAGUCAAUCUACAAAUUGUAUUUAAUAUAUAGAAUUUGUCUGUACAUAUGCAGAAUAUAGUUUUCAUGUGCGAAACCCAUGCUUCGCCUGUACUUCUCCCAGCUAUAGUAUUAAAUGUGGUGUGUGGGUGAUGCAAAUUAUUGCUUCUCAGGAAAGAGGCAUCAUGCUCUGAAUAUUAUGAAAAUAAAACUUGAAGCUGUA